GCUUCCACCCGGACCCAGUUGGUGCCGGACGCAAUAGUGGAAACUUAAACAUGGAGGCAGAGGACUCUGGGCCUGUAGAGACCUCCUCUUCACUGGAGGCUCGGGGGUCCACGGACGACCGGCUUUUCGUGGUUAAAGGUGGAAUUUUCCUGGGUUCUGUUGCUGCAGCAGGGAUGCUAGCUGGAUUUGUUACAACAUUAUCACUGGCUAAAAAGAAAAGCCCUGAAUGGUUUAAUAAGGGGAGUGUGGCCACAGCUGCCUUACCAGAGAGUGGGUCUUCUCUUGCCUUGCGAGCUCUGGGCUGGGGCUCACUUUAUGCCUGGUGUGGGGUUGGUGUGAUCAGCUUUGCAGUCUGGAAAGCUUUAGGAGUUCACACUAUGAAAGACUUUCGAAGUAAAAUGCAAUCAAUAUUUCCAACAAUUCCCAAGAACUCCAAAUCAGCUGUUGAGUGGGAGGAAGCGUUGAAAUCUAAAUGAGAUGAGCACAGAUGAAUUCCAAAGCCAUCACUGCGGAAAGGGCAGCUUCGGAGGCAGCACAACUGAAAAGGGACUGGGAGUGCUUCCUCCCUGGACUCAUGCAGACUGUUGACGGCUUCAGCCUCCCCCUGAGCAGGCGGUCUUCCUCUGUGUCUGUGGCUGUGUUGGAGAGGGGCAGGUUUCCCAAAGUUAAGUAUUUAAAAAUAAUUAUUGGGGUAACUUCCACACGUGGAGCGAUCCCAGAGGAAAAUACUUCUGUUUAUAAGAAUAAACCAUGUUUCAUACCUUAAAAAAAAGUAUAUAGUAAAAGUCUGAUAGAAAAUCUUUAUAAGUAGAUCCUUACUGGCAGUAAAACCUCAGUGUAUCUAAGUUAAGUUUUCAGAGUCUUUCUUGUCAAUAUACAACUGAGAAUUUGGAAAACCUGUUCCUAUUGGCCAGAUUUCAAAGAGCCAGGUUCAGUGGUGAAUCCAGUGCAGCAGGGAAUGGUUCUGGAUCAUGGUCCUGAAUGCAGGCUGACUCACAGCAAGCACACAUGUGCCAGUUACUUACCUGCUGGUCUCAUUGGGUGGCGCUAUAAAUUCUUACACUUGGGACAGAAAGCCAGUAACAGAUUAGGAUAACUUGAAAAGGUACAGCUGGGCUGAAAUAAUAAUGAUGAUAAUCAAGGGCAUAAAAGACAUUUUUUUGAAAAUUGGUUCUGGGUCCCGGAACACUGACUAUUUGUAGUUUUGUCUCAGUUGAUGUAGUAAAAACAGCUCAGUUGUCACCUAUAUUAAAUAUUUUAAACCAGAAAGUCACCUGAGUACUGAGUGUCAAUAUUGUCACCUCCUGUUUAGUUAAUUCUUAUGUAUCCAAACCUCUCAUAUACUCCAUGAUCUCUUCUAGAAAACAGAUGGAGAAUUAUGUUUCUUUUUAAAAAAUUUUAAAGAAGAAAAAUACUUUUAAUAUGUUAGUAUGGUCAGAGAAGUAACCUGUGAUGGAAAAUCAGUUGUGCAGUUUCUUUAGAAUUGCUUAGGUUCUAAUUAGUCAGCAAUCAGGUUUAAUAAAGUACAUUUGAAAUUUCUGUUAUAAUGAAACCUUUUAGUUUUAAGGAACAAUUUUAAAUGAAAUGUCAAGUGCAUAAUGUAACAUUUUUCUCUAGACCACAUUACCCUGUUAAAAUUGCCAUAUUGUUAAUUAAACAUGUGUAAUCAGUGUCUGGAAUCCACAUGUAACCUGUUAAAAAGCUAAAACCAAAAGGAGAGGAUUGUGAACUUUAUCAGCAUAUGCGGGUAGCAAAAAACUCUUCACCCAUCCUUCACUUUUAACUAAAUCUCUGUGAAGAAAGUAUUUCUGACCUGGGAAUGUAAUGAAGGAAUUCAGGGACCAAAGUGAAUUGUGUUUGAGCCCAGGCUUUCGCUAAGAGAAUGGGUAUAACCUACAACUAUUUCUGUUAGGAUCUUGAUUUUUCAUUUUCCUUAGAUGGAGGUGGCCUAUUGAUUUUUAAAAGACCUCUCCUUGGUAGGAAAAAACAAAUUCUUAGCUUGCUAGAGUGAUAAAAGGAGAAAUGGAGUCCUGCCUUGUAAGCUCCUUGAGGAUAGGGACUCUCUCUCAGAUCAUGUGGUCUGUAGCAGCUCAGUCCCAGGAAGGAGCCAGUGUCAUGGUAGGCAGGCCAUGCUCCCAGGCCCUGGCACAAAUAAGUCUGAAUAAAUGUGCACUGGAGGAUUGAGUGCGUACUUGCUUGUGUGGUGUGCCUAAUACUAACAGAACCCUGCUCUUAUUCUUGACCUCUGUUGUCCUUGAUAGAUGGCAGGGGUCCAACUCCCAUAGAAAUGGUCAGAGGGAAGGGAUGUAGAGGGAAAUUUGAUGGGGACAGCUUUCCUGAUAUAGGUACAAAGCAUAGGCUCCAAUUGCAUUUUAAAAGCAAAAAUAAAGUACCAAAGAUGAAAAUUCAAAGAGAAAAGAAGCAAUGUGACUACAUGGUGUUUUUCCACUGUCAGGACUCACAUAUCAGAAGAUUUAGUCAUUUGUCUAUUCCUUUUAUACCAGAGGCAUAUUGUUAAAUUGGUUAAUGGAAAGGAAAAAUGUUUAACAGAUAAUGUUAUUCUUUAUGUGAAGUACCAUCUGUGUAUUGAGUUCUGAAUGUUCCUGGAUAUGGAAGAGAAGAAGUGUUAUGGAAUUUCAA